CUAGCUGAAGCUCCAAAAAGGCUAGAAGACUGAGAUCUCUGUUUGGACUAACCGGAACGAUGAUCGCAUCCCAGGAAUCAAGUCGAAACGCAGAAGCGACAGCAUACUGCUCAAACGGAAAGGAUCUGCUCCUUGUGUGGCUCCGCCAGGCAGACGUAUCUCGAGGCUUGUCGUGGGAAAUGGGAAUCAAGGCGACGGAAUGCGGGUCCCAGAUGAUGUCACAUGCUCGUCAAAUCACGGACGGUGGAUUUUGCCCGGGUUGCGCGUUUAGAUUCGUGAGGGCGAUAGCGUUUUAAUGUUGCGACGGCGGUCAAAACCCUAGUUGGUUCGAGGACGAACGGAGUCGCUGCUCCGCUGCUCUCCGAGGGAUGGUACCGCGGCAUGCUCUCUUCUCCCUCAGGAGAUGUGUGCAUACCUUCGACGGCCUCGAGAGCAUCGUCUACAAGCAGUCAACGGUCCGCCGUCCUUCGACGGUGGCUCGAAAGACCGUGUACCCACUCCGACACUCCUGCAGCCUCAUAGGAACUGUGAUUCUCGCUCCGCGGAAGUCGGACAGAUGUCGUCCAUUUGUUUACACUUUUCUGGAGGUGGAGGGGCCUUCUGUCAGUUCGACCCCUUCGAAAUUCCAGAUAUUACUGAACAUGUUUGACCAGCUAGCAGAAAUCUCUUUUAAACACUUAAAAGUAGACGAUUUUAUAUAUGUUCGCGGCGCUUUAAGUUCUUACGAGAAGCUCAAUGUAAAUGGACAGCUUGAAAAUAUGUACAAGGUAGUUGUUGAAGAUCUGAAUUUCGUCCAUCGUAUUGGAGAAAAUAAAAAGCCUACGAACCCCGACAAAUUAAUAAAAGAAGAAUCCACAGCACCCAUUUCCUUUGACAGUGCAGAGGAAACAAUGGAUCGCCUGCGACUAUGGCAGAUAUUCUUUGCAAAUCCACAUGAAUGGUGGGACAAUAGGGAGCAUAAACUAUAUCCAACUUCACCCGAUUUUAGACACAAGGACACUGCUAAGUGCCUGCGGCUCAUGCCAAAUGAUCCUCCUUGGAUACAAAGGCAGCUGCAACGGUAUGACUCAAGUACAGCAACUCAAUCUGACAAAGAAGAUAGAAAAUACUCAAAGGUGCGUCAGUGGGAAAUACAGGAUCUAGAAUGAAGUUGUUGCUAUGCAAGAAUUGGUUUAUCAACUCCUAUUUGUUGAGCCAAAGGUUGAUACUGAUCGGCCUUCCAUGAUGGAGUGGGAUUUGAUUUACUAUGCUGAUAAAGAAAAGAAGUAUGCUGCAGUUGUCGAUUAGGCAAAAGGAUAUAAGUCUUGUUAGGUAACCAUCCUAUCUGUUAGAACAGUGGCUGUAAGUUGAAGCUGAAUUAAACACUGAACAAAAGGAACAUGACAAUACAUUUUCUCUGAGAGAGGCCAAAUAGCUCAUCUUAUUCAUGAGUAUCAAGAUGAACUCAGGAUGAUGCUAUUUGUUUUUUUAUAGGACCAUGGAAGGACGUAUCUGCAUUGAAUGUAUAGUUUCAUAUAAUAUCAGCUCUAUAUGUUGAUCCGUAACAAAUGGUUUUGUAGUCAAUUUUGUUGAAUUUAUUAUUCUAUAUUCUUAA